CUCGAGUGUCACACGGGAAGAAGAAGCUGCGAAAAGAAUUUUAGAAGAAAGCAACUGCAAUUUUGUCAUAAUCGGAGCCUCAAUUCGCAAUGAAUAAUGGAAACUAGACAGCCCAGUUCCGGUGAUGCGAUAAGGCCAGAGCUGUACUUCCUCAUCUCCAAGUUCCUGGCCGAGGGGCCGCUGGAGGAGACGGCCAAGGUCUUGAUCCGGGAACUCGAGGAGAAGAAGGUUUUGCCGCGUCGUCUCGAUUGGCUGGGGAACGAGCAUGAACAGACCUUUGAGGAACUGGAACGAAAGUACAAGCACAUUGGCGCCAACCAUCUGCUCGAGAUAUGCGGACGCCUGGGUCCGCUGGUGGAUCGCGAUCUGCCGCCCAGUGUGCCGGGCAUCAAUUCGCUCUUGGGGACCGGGCGCCAGAACCUCCUGCGCACCAAGGACACCGUCUACUGCCAUCGCUCCCUGAAGGACUACUGCACCCGCCUUCAUGGAGUCUCGCUGCCCGACUCGCGCCUGACCAAGCCCACACACAACUUGGACCGAGUCCUCGUUGGCCGCGAACAUGGCGGAGAUGUGCGCCGCAAGCUGCUUGUGCCCACCAACCUCUACAGUCGGACUAAGCUGCUUCGUCGCACCGUGGGCCACCUGUCCUCGGUGUACUGCGUGCUCUUCGACCGCACUGGGCGCUACAUCAUCACCGGAGCGGAUGAUUUACUCAUCAAGAUCUGGUCCGCAGCAGAUGGCCGUCUGUUGGCCACUCUGCGAGGCGCCUCCUCCGAGAUCACAGACAUAGCCAUCAACUUGGACAAUACCAUGCUGGCCGCCGGCUCGUUGGAUCACAUUCUGAGGGUGUGGGACAUGCAGACCACCUCGCCCAUCGCCGUCCUCUCCGCUCACACGGGCAUGAUAACGUCGGUGAACUUUUGUCCAUCGCCGUGCAGCGAUCUGAAGUAUCUGGUGACCACCAGCACGGACGGAUCUAUCGCCUUUUGGCAGUACUCAACUCCGCGCGGGCAAAAGAUCACGUUUGCCCCGAAGCCUACGCAGUAUCACGAGAAGCUGCGGCCCGGACAGGCCCAGAUGAUGUGCACCACAUUCUCGCCGGGCGGCAUAUUUCUGGCCGCUGGCUCUGCGGAUCACCAUGUUCGCGUCUACAUGAUGGGCGAGGACGGUCCGAAGCGGAUACUGGAGACAGAGGCCUACACGGAUGCAGUAGAUUCGGUUCAGUGGUCGCACCGUGGCCUGAGAUUCAUUUCGGGCAGCAAAGAUGGCACCGCACAUAUAUGGACGUUUGAGUCGCAGCAGUGGAAGAGCGCCAAGCUGUGCAUGACGGAGCGUCUGGCCAGCUGCCCAGAACCGGAGGAGGGAAAGAGGCUAAAGGUAACCAUGGUGGCCUGGGAUGCCUCGGAUCGCUAUGUCAUCACAGCUGUUAACGAUUUUACUAUAAAAAUCUGGGACUCGAAAUCAGCCAAGCUGCAUCGUGUCCUGCGUGGUCACAAGGAUGAGCUGUAUGUGCUUGAGUCGAACCCAAGAGAUGAGCAUGUCCUGCUGUCCGCCGGCCACGAUGGCCAGGUGUUCCUGUGGGAUAUUGAACAGGGCGUUUGUGUGGCCAACUUUCUGAACGACAUUGAUGGCCAGGGCCAUGGCAGUGUGUUCGAUGCCAAGUGGUCCCCGGAUGGCACGAUGAUAGCUGCCACCGAUUCCCAUGGUCACAUCCUGAUCUUUGGUUUGGGCGUGUGCAUUGAAAAGUACAAAAUGCUGCCCACGGAGCUGUUUUUUCAUACGGAUUUCCGGCCUUUGCUAAGAGAUGCACAGCACCAUGUAGUGGACGAGCAGACGCAAAUAAUGCCGCAUCUGAUGCCACCGCCGUUCCUGGUUGAUGCAGAUGGCAACCCCCAUCCGUCAAGGUUUCAGCGAUUUGUCCCAGGCCGUGAGAGCUGCAGCUUGGAUCAAUUGAUACCAAAUCUCACAGUUGGUGUGGAUGGCGUAGUGAUCGACGAUAGAGGAGCAGGCGGUGAUCUAGCUGUGGCCGCCGCACCCGCUGAGGCCCCGCCCGCGGCGUUGGUCCCAGCUGCUGCUGGAGGAGCAGCGGGAGCUAACUACUCCCACAUAGACCGCAUGAUUGCAGCCCUGGCCAAUCGGCAAUCGGUUAGUGCCAAUGGCAACGAUGCCAAUCCGAGCAAUGGCAACCCUACUUUUGAGCGCUUGACCAAUCGUCAACUGCCGGACUCCAACGGCCGGCAAUCCUCCCGUGGCAACGUCCUGGGCAGUCGUAUGAGCACAUCUCGCCAAGGAUGGGGUGCGGCAGGUGCUGCGCCAGCUGAGGACCAAGCGGGACCGUCUCAUCCACCCGCAGGGGCUGCAUCAGGACUAGAACAUGCAGCUGAACAUGGACAGGCACAAGCGCAGCAGGCACUUCCCAUAAAGUUCAUCCGCCGCACCUAUGUGCGUCCCAUGAAGUACCCCCAGUUGCAGAACCUCAAGCAGACCAUCUACGCCGCCGGCCAGUUUGAGAAACAGGAGUACAAACGCGAGAUGCGUCGCCGACCGAUCAUGAUAAACACUGCCAGUGCAGCAUCUUCCCAGCAGACAGGCAAUGUGGGUAGACCAAGGAAUACGCGUGCCAAUGGUGGCGGCGGCGGCGGCCCGAGAGCUGGAAGAAGACGUGGCGCUCAGGCUGCAGCCGGACAGCAGCAACCCGCUUACCGCACACGCGCUGUGCGAGAUCAAGAGCCGGAGCGCUUCGACGAGGUCGCACCGCCGCCCGAGGAGGAGGAAGAAGAUGUGUCCAGCAACUCGUCCGGCGACACCAGCUACUCGAAUGUGGAGGAAAACCUAGAGGACAGCAGCGACGAGUCGGAAACCGACAGCUCGGACUACUCCGAUUGGGUGGCGGAUACUCCCGGCCCGAAUCUGGAGCCCCCGAAGCGCUCCAAACGCAAGCCGCUAUCUCGGCGACCUCGCAGUAGCGAUGACAGCAGCGACGAUGAGCGGGCGGGCAGAGCCAGAGGUGGACAGGUCACGGCCCGGAAGGUGGGACGCAAGACCGUUCUGUUCCCGCCCACAGAUGCUAAUGGAGAGAUACCGGAGCUGUAUCGCCCGGCUGAAUGGCUGUCGGAGGUGAUUCCCCGCAAGGCUCCCUACUAUCCGCAGAUGGGCGACGAGGUGGUCUACUUCCGGCAGGGACACGCCAAGUACUUGGACGCCGUGCGCCUAAAGAAGGUCUAUAAGCUGACGCACAGCUCGGAGCCGUGGAACUUUCACAACCUGCGCGACCACGAGCUGGUCCGAGUCAUAGGAAUCAAGUACGAAAUCCGUCCACCACGACUGUGCUGCCUGAAGCUAGCCAUUAUCGAUGAGGAGGGCAACAUGACGGGGACGACGUUCAAGAUCAAGUACCACGACAUGCCCGACGUCCUGGACUUUCUCGUGCUUCGUCAGACCUACGAUCUUGCUGUGCAACGAAACUGGAGCAUUGGCGAUCGGUUUCGUUGCAUGAUUGUCGACGGCUGGUGGAUGGGACAGAUUGAAUCGCGCCACGCCCUCUCCGCCGACUUCCCCGACUCCUCCUUUAUGUGUUUCCGCGUGCGCUGGGACAACGGCGAGUACGAGUUCAUGAGUCCCUGGGACAUGGAGCCCAUCGACCAGGCCAGGGUGCCGGUGGAAGUGGGAGGAGCUGUUGAGGUUCUGCCGGAGGAGAUACGCGCCACACUGUACCAGCCAAAGUCGGAGGAAUGGCAUCGUGGAGAUCGCGAUGGCACCUGCAGACGCAUAAUCAAUGGAUUAGAGCAGGUAAUGCGUCUUUCUAUAGCGGAGCAUUUCCUGGCCCCCGUCGACCUGAACAUUUAUCCGGACUACGCUUAUUUGAUCGAAUAUCCCAUCGAUCUGACCACGAUAAAGUCUCGCUUUGAGAACCACUUCUACCGCCGCAUCACCUCAGCCCAGUUCGAUGUGCGCUACCUGGCCACCAAUGCGGAGCAGUACAACCGCCGGCACGCGAUUAUUGUCAAGCAUUCUCGGAUUGUCACAGACCUCUGUCUGAGGAUCAUCAGGGAACCGGAUGAGAUUGAUGUGGCUGCUGUUUAUCAUCAGCUGGCAGAUGUGUACCACUCCUCCGAGUCGGAGAACGAGGCAGAUUCGGAUGUGGUGCCGUCGACCAGCACAGGUCCAACCACUUCGGCAGCCGCAGCAGCAGCCAGGCAGAGAGUAUCCUCCGCCCGACGAUCCACUCGAAUUCACUCGGAAGGCGAUUGGCGAGCCGAUUGCCGACAACUGCUCGAUCUGAUGUGGUCUCGAACGGAUUCGGAGCCGUUCCGCGAGCCCGUGGACACCAUCGACUUCCCUGACUACCUGGAGAUCAUAGCCACGCCCAUGGAUCUACGCACCGUGAAGGAGGAUCUGUUGGGCGGCAACUACGACGACCCGUUGGACUUUGCCAAGGAUGUGCGAUUGAUUUUUCAGAACUCGAAGAACUACAACACCAACAAACGCUCGCGGAUUUACUCCAUGACCCUGCGACUCUGUGCGCUCUUUGAGUCCCAUAUCAAGACGGUGAUCACCAGCUGGAAGGCGGCCUGCAGGCGUGCUAAUAAGAACAAGUCGGGCAGCAGUGGCGGCGGAGGACGUGGUGGAUCCAGCAGUAGUCCAAACAAACGGACCAACAAGGAGCGCACCACGCGACGCAAUCCAAAACCGACGGCCGCGGCCAGAAGAUUACCACUGCCUAACUCUAGUGAGGAUGAAGACGAGGAUGAUGACGACGACGAUGAUGAAGACGAGGAGGCGGAAACCACAAGAGGGCGCUCUCGUCGCCGAAAUGGCGUGGCCGUCAGUGCUAGUUCGUCUGGCUCCAACCGUGUAACUUCCUCAUCCGCCGCCCAGCAACGCCGAAUCAAGGAGAGCAGCAGCGAGGAGGAAGAGGAGGAGGAAACCAGUGCGCAGGCCACUUCGGAUGCCAGCAGCGAUGAGGAGGAACGAGCCCAGUCCAAUGAUAGUUCGCCACAGCAGACACGCACGCGCAGGGCCAGGCAGAGGCAGCGGCUCAGCGAUGACUCCAAUGAACACGAUUCCGAGGAUAGCUACAAUCCCAACGAGGAACGCAGCAGUCGCCGACGAUCGGGAGCCAAGCGAACAUCCAGCAAUCGACAGAAUAACGGGCACUCCAGCAAGCGGCGGCGGUUGAACAAGAGUCCAGCCGCAGCGGCUGUGGCUGCCGCUGGUUCACCCCGCCGAACGCGUCGCAUGGCUGGUAGUUCCGCUGAGGAGGCGGCCUCCCACUCGCAGCACGACGAGAGCACCCAAGACAGCCAGGUAGGGCGCCGAAAGGGCCGCUCGGCGAACAGCAGAUCCCAUGCCAUUGGCAAUGGGCCGAGUACUAGUGCCGCAGCAGCUGCCAACUCCAGCCUGGAGAGUCCCUCGCGAAACACUCGGGCCAACGGCAGCAGAACCUCAUCCCAUCUGGCCGCCGAGAACGAUCACAGCUACCACCUGCCAGUCCGUAACGGACGCAUCAUAGAAUCCGAUACGGACUCCCCUGUAACGAGACCGACCCGCCAGAGCACCAAGCGGGCUCUGAUGGAUUGGGGUCGCGGCAGCGACAUCGAAGAGGAGGAGGAGGAAGAAAGCGAAGAAGCCGAAGAGAUCCUGCCCACACCCACAAAAGAUGACGUGCCCUCUACCAGUCGAGCCGCUCUGGCUCAGGCCGCUGCUGGUUCUGUCCGUCAGCUGCGUACGAACCGCAACACCGUCGUCCGUCCAGCCCAGAGUGACGACGAUGACGACGACAGUGACAACGAGCCGUUAGCCAACAAUCAGCAAAAAAAUUACCAAUCACCUGCAAAAGCAAGCUCAACGGCAACAACAUCAGCACCUCAUCCGCUCAGCCUGCGGCGUCGCUUGGCCUCGCCGCCGGAACGGAACACCCACAUGACCCGUUCCCAUGCCACCUCCACGACGUCCUCGGCCGCAGGCUCCCGGGCCGAACAGCAGCCGGCGGUGUCCACCCAUGACCACAACUACCUGGGCAAUGUCAAUUCGUCAAGGGCUCCGCGACGCAUUCUGUCUCGCCAUCAACGAAACGCCGAUGAGCUUGACACCAGUCAGGAUGUGCUGGAAAACUCACGUCUGCUCUCUGCCAUAGCCAAUCACCGGCGACCCACCUCCACCACGAAUAGCACUAGCAACAGUACCAGCAAUGUGGUAACCAGACGACUGCGGGGACGAGCGAGUCAGGCGAACUCCCACGAUGAGGAUCAUGAGGAGGAGGCGGCCGCCUCGGACGAGGGCACCGACGGCGGCUCCAGCUCCCAGAGCUACGCCGACGAGGACGAAGAGGACUCCGACUCGGAGGACAACCAGCCACUGACCAGCUACGUCUCGCCCAGCAAUGGACGCACGAGGCGCAAGACGAAAACCUCCUCCUCCUCUGCGGCAACGCAAGAGCGUCCUCUGCGGCGCACCCGUCGCCCGCCAUCGAAUAACUCCUUCGUGAACGACGACGACGAUGACUAUGUGGAACCGCGCAGUCGUCGCAGCAAUCGAAGUGGGAACCAGCGUGCCGGUCGAAAUCAGAAGAGGCCGCGCUACAACGAGCAAUCCGAGGAGGAGGAGGCGGCGGCCGGCUAUUCUCACCGGAGUAAACGAGUUCGCAACGGCGAUGCCCAUGCCAGCUCCCAGGAUCGAUCGCAGGCCUCCACCGAGCGUGACGACGACGACGAGGAGGAGGAGGUCACUUCGGUGGACUCGGAUGAACAACUGGUGAACGUAAGCAGCCGGGGCAGGGUGCGCAAACCAUCUGCCAAGGUGCGCGGCAUCUUCAAGGAGUGACCGCAGACUGUUUUAUGUAUAAAUUAAAUCUAAUUGCUAAAUCAAGAAACCAUUGUAACAUUUGCUAGCGUCUUAUUUCUUAUUAUUGAUUAAUAUGUAAGAGUACACACGUCACACUUGUCAUUGUAACCGUCAGUGUCACCGCCACGGUCAUAAACCGAAGCCCAGACCAUCCCACCCCAAUCCGUCACAUCCCUAGUGUUCAACCCACCCACAACCAUCCAUCAUACACAGUGGCAGAAUAUGUUUGAUAUUGUUCAAGUCUUAAGUUGACUCUUGGCAUCAGCCCUACAUCCUAUGUGUAGGGGGCAAGGCCAAAGCAGCGUUUCAUCUGUAUUUCUAUAAUAUAUAGGUACUAUCAUACAUAUAUAUUUAAAAGGUAGCACUCGGAAUCACACUUCAUUUAAAAUAGUUUUAGAAUAAAGUAUCAUGAAAAAACACUGAA